AUGGCGACUGCCAAGAAAACCGUCCUGGGGCCCUUGGUGGGCGCCACUGACCAAGGGGCCACUUCCACUCGCUUUCUUGUGUUUGAUUCCAAAAGGGCCGAACUCCUGAGUCGUUACCAAGCAGAGCUGGAGAGGAAGUUCGCCAAGGAGGGCUGGGCAGAACAAGAUGCCAGGGAGAUCCUGCAGUCCGUUUACGAGUGUAUGGAGACAAGCUGUGAGAGGUUUGGCCCGCUGAACAUGGACUUCUCUACCGUCAGAGCCAUCGGGGUGAACAGCCAGAGGGACGCGGUUGUCAUCCGGGACAGGUUUGCCGGAGAGCCUCCCUGCAAUGCCUUCGUGUGGCUGGAUCGCGGAACCCAGGCAAGAGUUGACUUUCUUAGUAGGAGAAUCCCUGGCGGGACCCACUUUGUCACUUCAAAGCCUGGUCUGCCUCUGAGCACCUACUUUGGUGCUGUGAAGCUCCCCUGGCUCCUGGAGAAUGUGAGAAAGAUCAAACAGGCUGUCGAGGAAGAAAGAGCCUUUUUGGGGACCACUGACUCUUGGCUGAUCUGGAAUCUGACUGGAGGCGUCCACCAUACAAACGUAACCAGUGCCAGCAGAACCACGGUCUUCAAUGUGCACUCGCUACAGGGGGAGGCAGAGCUGUGCCAGAUUUUUGAGGUUCCUAUGGAUGUGCUUGCGGAUGUCCGCCGUUCUUCCGAGAUCUACAGAGUGAUGCAGUCUGGACCUAGGAGAGGUGUGGCCUUAUCUGGAUGCCAGCGAGAUCAACCUGCCGCUCCGAUGGGACAAAUGUGUUUCCAAGAUGGGCAAGCCCCAAAUACCUAUGGAAGCGGCUGCUGCUCACUGUGCAAUACGGGUCCAAAACGUGUAUUCUCCAACCGCGGCCUUCCCACCACCCCAAUUUACAAGCUGGGCGGAGACAAUCCAGCAUACUAUGCACUGGAAGGCUCUGCUGUCAUUGCCGGGGCUGUUGUUCACUGGCUAAAAGACAAUCGUGGCAUUCUAGAAGAAAUUGAAGGACUGGAUGAAGAGGCAGGAACAUCUUGUGACUGUUACUUUGUUCCGGCAUUCUCAGGUUUAUAUGCACCCUAUUGGGAACCAAGCCUAAGAGGUAUUAUUGGUGGGAUUAUGCAGUUCGCAAAUAAACAACAUGUUGCUUUUGCUGCAUUAGAGGUAGUAUGUUUCCAAAUCCGUGAAAUACUAGAUGCCAUAAAUCAAGACCGCAGAAUGCCACUCACCUAUUUUCCAGCAGAUGGACGAAUGACCAACAAAAUUCUAACGCGGCUUCAAGCAAAUAUUCUUUAUAUUCCAGUAGAGAAGCCUUCCAUGUCUGAAACAACUGCACUGCGUGGGGCUGCAGAAGGAGGUAGUGAUUGGAGUCUAGAACCUGAAGAUCUAUCAGAUGAUAUCAUGGAGCAGUUUGAGCCCCAGAUAAAUGCCGGAGAAAGUCAAAUUCCGUAUGCAGCUUGGAAGAAAGCUGCCGUGAAGAAAUCAACUGGCUGGAAGAAAUCAUCUCAGUCCCUUCUAACUGGUGAUCCUAAUAUCUUCUAUAGUGUGCCAUUGGGCUAUUUUAUAGCAUCUAGCAUAGGGAUGUUAAUUGGAGCAGGGUCCAUCUCAAGAGUUCCAUAA